AUGCAACUUUCGAGGGUAUGCGGACAGCGAGGUCUACAUAAAGCGGGGUUUCACUGUACCCCCCCUUUACAGUGUUUGGAUGUUGGCGCCACCGAGUCUCUCUCUCUGUUGCGGCCGUCAUCACCUGGGGAAUCUUUUAUCGAAGUCCAUACGUUGCGGCCACACGCAUCUCAUGAGUUCGAAUGUGGCAUCUUCACCUUCGACCCAUGUCCUGGAGGAAGCACUAAGGGAAGCAAAGCGAGCGGCCGCGGAUUGUAUCUUGAAAUCCUCCUGGAUGGUAACUGUUCCAUCCGUCAUUGUCUCAGUGCCAGUGAGCGUUUAUUUACGUAG